AUGCUCUCCUUGGUGGUGGCGAAAAUUCACGGAACUCUUUUCAUGUCUGCGUGGCCAUGGGCCUUACCGGUGUCUCCAGCCUUCAGAUAUUAUUAUCUAGAGUCAGAUUCCAACGCAGCCGAGAGAAAGGCCCCUGUUCUCCAGGACCAGAAUGCGCCACCAUUGAGGCUGAAGAAGAUGGUAUAUGUUGGUAUUUCGCCCAGGGAAGACAGCAUAACCAAGCAGGUCGAUAUACGGGAACAGCCUGUGAGCAAAAGACCAUACCAGAGACGUGCCUAUCAGCCACAGCGUCAUCUCUCCGAUAGGGCAGCGGUAGCCGCGCGAGUGUUGUGA